CCCACUCAGGAAUUGGGUCCACCGAACGCGGCUGAUUUGUUUGUGUGGGAAGAAGUUUACUUAGGGUUGCAAAUUCUUCAGAAAGGGACGGUGGGUUGCCAGAAUUUGCUGAUACAAAUUCUUUCUAAUUUUGACCUCUCCACAAAGUGGGUCCAAGUUGAGCUAUUUUUCCGGUGUGAAGCACGAAACGGGUCUUCUUCAGGUGAAUCUCCCCAAUCUCUUCUAAACGGGAACUCAAAAGGUAUUGCCGACAAUACUGACAUUAAUUCUCUCUCAUAAAUAGACUCCCCUCGUGCUUGUAGAGAUAAGGCUUGGCUGAAAUAUGCAAUAGUUGAAGCUGCAUUUGGAGUCCAACAUUGUCUAUACGCAUACCAUAUUGAGCCCAAUAUUGUUUAUGCUCAUCCCAUAUUUGGAGUCCAACAUUAUUUAUGCUCAUCCCAUAUUUGGAGGCCAACAUUGUUUAUAGUCCACUUAUCUCAGGAACAACCCUUCUCUGUUUUGCUCAGGAUGAUAUCUACUGACAUUGUGGACUUGUCAAGUGACGAUGAGGAAGGAUCAAACUUGAAAGCCGUGAAGUUGGAGCCAGAAGUUGAUGGCGGUGUGGUCUUAUCAAAAGAGCACACAAAGAAGAAUACCAUAAAAAAGAAGAAUACCAUCAAACAGGAAAAACUAAAUAAUGAAUUUGUUAGUCAAGGAUUUGAUGAGAAUAGGAGCCCGAAUGUUUGGAGUGCUGGUCAGAGUAGCUCUAGUAUAUUGGAUCAGGUGCCAUCUCCAGCUGAUGAUUCUGGCCUUACAUCCCCAUCUCCUUUGUGUCCUGCACCAGUUUGUCGACAAUUCUGGAAAGCUGGGAACUAUAAUGAUGGAGUUGCUUCUAAUGUCACCGUUCAAAGUUCCAAGGGCCAUCUCCAUGUCCACCCUAUGUUCCUUCAUUCAAAUGCUACUUCACACAAAUGGGCUUUUGGAGCUGUUGCAGAGCUGCUUGAUAACGCAGUUGAUGAGAUCCCCAACGGAGCUACCUUUGUCAAUGUGGAUAAAAUCUUGAAUGCAAGAGAUGGAAGUCCUGCUUUGUUAAUUCAAGACGAUGGAGGUGGAAUGGAUCCUGAAGCGAUGAGGAGGUGUAUGAGCUUUGGAUUCUCAGAUAAGAAGUCAAAAUCAGCUAUCGGACAAUAUGGAAAUGGUUUCAAAACCAGCACUAUGAGACUUGGUGCAGAUGUUAUUGUUUUCAGUCGGCACGUGAAUAAUAGGUCCAGCGUAUCAACGCAGAGUAUUGGUCUUCUAUCUUAUACAUUUUUGACCCGUUCAGGCUACAACAGAAUUGUAGUGCCUAUGGUAGAUUAUCAAUAUAACACAUCAAGUGGCAAAAUGGAAAUAUUGCAUGGGAGGGAACGUUUUACGUCUAACCUUUCCAUACUUCUACAGUGGUCUCCGUACUCAUCUGAGUCUGAACUUCUUAAGCAAUUUGAUGAUAUCGGAUCUCAUGGCACAAAAGUAAUCAUCUAUAAUUUGUGGUAUAAUGGAGAUGGCAGAAUGGAGCUGGACUUCGAUACAGAUCAGGAGGAUAUUUGCAUUGACGGAGAUGUAAAAAAGAUGGCCGCUCUCCCCGCAUCAAAGGCAAUCAAUGAGCGGCACAUUGCUAAUCGAUUGCAAUAUUCUCUCCGUGAAUAUUUAUCUAUAUUGUAUUUGCGGACGUCUGAAAAUUUCAAGAUAGUAUUGCGCGGGAGGGUUGUUCUGCAUCAUAAUCUUGCUGAUGAUCUCAAAUAUAUCGAAUACAUUUUGUAUAAGCCUCAUAGUGGUGGACAUGUGGAGGGUGUGGUUGUUACUACAAUUGGGUUCCUGAAGGAGGCCCCAGAUGUCAAUAUACAUGGUUUUAAUGUUUACCACAAAAAUCGUUUGAUUCUGCCAUUCUGGAGGGUUGUAAGCUAUUCAGACUGUAGAGGAAGAGGCGUUGUUGGUAUUCUCGAAGCAAAUUUUAUUGAGCCUACACAUAAUAAACAAGACUUUGAGAGAACUUCUGUUUUCCAGAAGCUUGAAGCUCGUUUGAAAGAUAUGACUUGGGAAUACUGGGAUUGUCAUUGCGGACUUGUUGGGUAUCAAGUUAGAAAACAAUUCCGUGUGACAACACCCUCAAAAACACCAGUCAACAUAACAGUACCUGCUGGCACGGAACAUCCUCAGAUGUUGAAUCAACGUGUUCCAUUGGAACAUCUGAGGAUGUUGAAUGAACGGGUCCCAUUUACGGUCAAAGAAACUAAAGGAAGACCUGAACAAUUUACCCUGGAAACACCCGGAAAAUCUAGAGAAGGAGUAUGUAUGAAGAGAAAGGCAGAUGUUCUCACAGAAGAUGAACAGUCUGUCCGUGCUCGUCAACAGAACAACCAACAGGAUAACGUUUUGUUGGAACAAAAUAUGAAGCUUCGUGUAAACUGUUCAGAGUAUGAAAAGCGGGAGGAAGAACUUAAUCUCAAGGCAACACAGCUUAGGAGCAACAUUCAGGAAGUUGAACUCGAGAUAAAGCGUCUGUUGGAUGAGUUAAAAUCUUUAGAAGCGGUUAAGGUUGAAUGAAGGCAAAUACAAUGUAUAUUCAUUUGGUUCUUUCCUUAGUCUUUUAGCCCCAUGGAUAACAUAACCUUAUAGCUGAAAAUGAGAAAAAUCCAUAUCUGUUACCAUACGAGGCCAACCCUUCUUCCACGGUCAGCAGUAUGACCCCUUUGAUUUUUGCCCUCAACACUUCGAUAGCAGCUACCUGAGAUCUGUGUUUUUGGCUCUCGUAUGUCGGUUUCCUUGACGGGAAAACUUCCCACUUGUACAGAAAUGAAUCCCACCUUGUAACUAACCAAAAUGUCUAACAUUCAAGUUAUCAGUUUCAUUCGUAUAUAAGUUGUGCAUUUUCUUAA